AUGGCUUCCAUAUUUUCCUUCCUAAGCACCAUUUCCCUUCUUCUCAUGUUCGUCUUCUUCCUCUCCCUCUCCCUUGCUGAUUCCUCACCGAUCUUUAACACUCCAGAAACCCUUUGCGAUUCUACUCCAUAUCCACCCUUUUGCAAAUCCUCUUUACCAUAUAACAAGCCUGGAACCGUCCAAGACUACGCCAGAAUUUCCAUUGCCAAUUCCUUGACAAAUGCCAGAGACUUUCUGUCCCUCGUCCAACAUUACUCGAGCCUUCCAUCUACAUCCCAUGAAUCCACCAAUAUUCUCGCCCUUGAAGAUUGCCAGUUUUUGGCUCAGCUAAACAUUGAUUCCUUCUCAUAUGCACUCCAAACUGUAAAUCGUUCCAAUGAUGCCAAUCUUCCAGGCUCGCUUGCCGUUGAUCUACUAACCUUGUUUAGUGCCACCUUGACCAACCUGGAAACUUGCCUGGAAAGCCUUCAAGUAUCAGAUUCAAGUAUCUUGAAUAAUCUAACUGCCCCUCUUUCUAAUGGAACCCAGUAUUGUAGCACAACUCUCGCUCUCUUUUGCCAUGCUUGGGUUCCUCACCCAGAGAAAGGUAGAUUGCUAGCAGAAGGGAAGGACAUAUUCCCCAGUAUGAAAAAUGGUGCAAGAAAAAGCUUUCGUUUGCGGACGUACGAGUCUAUAAUGGGAAGAAAGCUUCUUCAAGGAUUUGAAGAUGGUGUUUCAGUGAGACAAAUGGUGGUUGUGAAUCAAAAUGGAACUGGGGAUUUUGCUAAUAUUACCGACGCUGUGAAUGCUGCAUCUAAUAACACAGCUAGCAGCGAUGGAUAUUUUGUGAUUUACGUGGUUGCUGGUGUUUAUAACGAAUAUGUUUUCAUUCCAAAGAACAAGAAAUACUUGAUGAUGAUUGGAGAUGGUAUUAACCAGACAAUCAUCACCGGCAACCGGAGUGUCGUUGAUGGGUGGACUACAUUCAAUUCUUUCACAUUUGCUGUAGUUGGGCAAGGGUUUGUUGCAGUGAACAUUACAUUUCAGAACACAGCAGGAGCUAUCAAACACCAAGCAGUGGCUGUAAGAAAUGGAGCUGAUUUGUCUACAUUCUACAACUGCAGCUUUGAAGGGUAUCAAGACACCUUAUACACUCAUUCUCUCAGGCAAUUCUACAGGGACUGUGAAAUAUACGGCACCAUAGAUUACAUAUUCGGCAACGCAGCAGUUGUUCUCCAGAACUGCAAGAUUUAUUCAAGAGUACCAUUGGAUGACCAGUACAACGCUGUAACUGCGCAAGACAGAACUGACCCUAAUCAAAACACAGGUACUUCAAUACAGAACUGCAGUAUAUUAGCAUCUGCGGAGUUGGCCGCAAGCAAUGGCACUACAAAAUCUUACUUGGGGAGGCCAUGGAAGGAGUAUUCAAGAACAGUUGUGAUGCAGUCUUUUAUAGAUAGCUUAAUUGAUCCUUCUGGCUGGUCUCCAUGGUCAGGAGAUUUUGCACUGGCUACACUUUAUUAUGCAGAAUUUAAUAACACUGGUCCGGGAUCAGAUACUAGUAAUAGGGUUACAUGGGAUGGUUACCAUUUGAUCAAUGCGACGGAUGCAGCGAACUUCACUGUUUCGAACUUUACGCAAGGAGAUAUCUGGCUGCCGGCGACUGGAGUGCCUUAUUUUGGUGGUUUGCUGUGA